AUGUCUGAAAAGAAUGAGAUGUCUCAAAAUGUUGAGGAGAAAUAUGAUGAAGCAGCUGAUGAUGAUAAUGCUAAAUCAGGAGGGCAAUCUAAUUGGUGGAAUAGUUGGCUUGAAACUGCCAAAGAGAAGUCGGUCAGCAUGCUGAAUGCCAUGAGACAGGACAUUACAGAGUUCACCAGUGUCAUGCAGUGCGACGGCUCUAGAAUGGCUUGCACCAUUAAGGACACAUUUACUGCCGACAAAGCAAACGAAGCAUCUGAGAAAAUGAAGAAGGGGAUGUCCACAAUUUUGGGCGGCAUUUCGAAGGCCCUGGUCAUUCUACCGACCAAUGACGAUGAUGAUGAGUGCUACGAGACCAUACAAAUUGUUGAUGGAAAGCCAGUCGUAUUUGAUAGGGCUAAGGCCAGACUGCAAGCCAUUCAAAUUGAUGGCUCCACCUACACUACACCCAUCAACCAAUCAGAGGAGAGCUUCAAACAGUGGGCGGUCUCAAGUUAUGAGCAGGACAAAUUUGAUUUGGAGAAAUUCAAGAUGGAGAUUUCAGAUUUGCUGGUCAAUAAUUCAGAAGUUCGGGCCAUCUAUACACAACUGGUGCCGAAGACAGUGGCUAAUGUCGACUUCUGGUGCAGGUACUUCUACAGGAAGCACUUGUUGGAUCGGGACGAGGAGAAGAUCCGCAUGCUGAUGAGGAGGGCCGAGAGGGGGAAUGAAGAUCAGGGUGGAGAUAGCGGUGAUGACGAGCUCGAUUGGGGAGAAGAAGACGACACAGCAGCUACUACUACUACUACUACUACAAUCUUUCCAAAAACAUCAUCAUCAUUAUCCAAUGCUUCUAAUGCUACGCCUACUAUAUUGAACUAUACUAAUACUGUUACUACUACUACUGCUGCUACUACCGCUACGUCAGCCACCACAACGACAACUUCUACCACAACGGCUGCCGACGCUGUUGUAUUUACUGCCCAUAGUGCAGCUAGUAUUAGUAGUACUGGCCACAGAAAAGCUGAAGAAUUGUUUACUGAUGGCAAUGAAACAACGAUAAAAACAGUGGCUGCUACUGCAGCGGCAGCAGCUACUGCAGCGGCUACUACAGCGGCUACUACAGCGGCUGCAGAUAGCUCAGAUGAUUGGGAAAAAGACUUUGAAAAAGAAUUGCGAGAAAUAUCUGAUGUCGAUUUACCAAUAGCUACUGCUGCUGCUACUACCGCUACUACUACUACUACUACUACUGACGGUUCUUGGCCCGACGGACAACAACACUUGCUAAUUUUUAAAAAUAUUUGCAAAAUGAUAAGUGUCAGCAGGGGAUGUGGUUUGGCCGCAAAAAGGGCAUCGGAUGAAAAGAUUAAAAAAUAUGAAGGUGCCCUGCCCUCGAUGGAUUUUUUACCUGUUUGCAUCGAGGUUCUUGGCCCGAUGGACAACAACACUUGCUAA